AAUUCCUACGGAUAAGGGGAGAGAAGACCCCCGUUUCUGCCUCCACAAAUGUUUUCCUCUGUCGCGUUGUCCACAGCCUCCAUGAGCGUGGUGGUCUCCGCCUCGAAGCGGCCAAAGGCCAAGAAAGCUUCGCCGGAAGCCAGGAAGCCUCCGAGCUCCUACGGAUUCGGCGGCAGAGCCACGACGGAGCCGACAUGGAAAUGCGUCGAUGGUUGCGGUGCCUGCUGCAAGCUUGCAAAGGACUUCGCUUUUGCUACUCCGGAGGAAAUCUUCGAAAACCCUAACGAUGUCGAGCUUUAUAGAAGCAUGAUCGGAAAGGAUGGAUGGUGUAUACAUUACGACAAAGCUACUCGCAAGUGUUCUAUAUAUCGUGAUCGUCCAUACUUCUGCAGGGUUCAACCUGACGUUUUCCAGUCUCUCUAUGGUAUUGAAGAGAAGAAAUUCAACAAGGAGGCUUGUAGCUGCUGCGUGGAUACCAUUAAGGCAAUCUAUGGUCCUGAUUCCAUAGAACUCGAUAAUUUUAACCGAGCCAUAAGAAGUUCAGAUUCGAGUUAAGGAUCAGGCAAAUCUGAAACUCAGGGACAGACGGGUAAAAUGCAAUGCAAGACUUUGUGGAGUGACUCACCGGAAGAGAACUGGGUGCACCCGUGACAUGAAAACGUAGCAUUCAUCUCGUUAUCUUUGACGUGAACGUAAACUUGGUCGGGGGAGAAGUCUGAGGGACAGAACUCCCAUUCAUCCAACUGAUUGUCUGAAAUGACACUGCCUUCCUCGUAGAAGCCGCAUCUCUUACACUUUUCGCUG